CGCAUAUCUGCCGAUUCAUUGUGGGCUUUCAACAAAGCUGCUUCCUGUCACAACAGUUUUGUCGCCGUGUGACCGUUAUACCUUAAUAUCAUGCCUAGUUACAAGCUGCAUUAUAUGAACGGGCGUGGUCGUGCCGAAAUCAGUCGUUUAAUAUUCGCCUUGGCUGACGUUGAAUACGAGGACAAACGUUACACGCGCGAGGAAUGGGUAACGGUGAAAGAGAGCGGACUGUUUCCAUUCAAGCAAGUACCUGUAUUGGAAUUCGACGGCGAGGUGUUAGCACAAACAAAUGCAGUUGCUCGUUACCUUGCCAACGAAUAUGGUUACAUGGGCAAGAACAAUUUGGAGAAUGCUAAAAUUGAUAUGAUUGUCGAUAUGAUGAAAGAGUUCGCCGAUGGAAUCCAAGCCCUUUGGUAUGAAAAGGACGAAGCUAAACAGGCUGAAAUGAUAGAAAAAUUUAAAACCAAAACAAUGAUCCCAGGAUAUUCAGCAAUGAAGAAAAUUCUUGCUGCAAACGAAGGUGACGGUUUUUUUCUUGGCGAUAAGGUAACGAUGGCUGACCUCAGUUUUGUCACAUACAAUGAAUUUAUCGUGCAGAAGAUUCCGGAUGCAUUGGACAAUUAUCCGAUGCUUAAAGAAUUAACAGACCGUGUACUCGCGUUGCCUAAAAUUGCCGAAUGGGUGAAAAAGCGCCCAGAAACGACAUGGUAG